UCUGACCAGUGCAGCGUGCUGGAGCUAGGAGUAGGCGUGAUCUUUCUCAAAAGCUCCACCACCAAGCUGUCGGGGCGGUGGGCCAAAUUCCAAGGCAAGCACGACUUGCAUCAAUUGGGGAUUCUUCAAUGAACAUCUACAUCAGCAGGCGCCUGUAGCUGUCCUCCAUUAUUGUCUUGCAACAAGCCAUGACGGCCGCUACUUCUAUUGAGGGGGUGUCUGCAAGCUUGUGUUUGGCCCCCUCCAAUAAGACCAGCACAGGGCGGCGUCCAGCCUCUCCCUUGCUUUGCCAUGCCGCAGGGCACAGCACGGGCCUUGUGAGCGGGGCAUCACAGCCUGUGCUUGGUUUCGGGGCUGCUGCCAGCACACAACAGCACGGCCUCUCCCGCCCACCGGAGGUACUAAAAAGCAGAUUGGGGAGCGGCCCUUUUCCCCCCUGUGUGUCCUCCCUGGGCUUUACUGCACGGCCCGCCACCUUGCGCUGCUUGCAGGCUGCCAUGCCAGGGCGCGCUGGUUCGCACCUGUCCAGCUUAUCCUUCCUGACCCUGACCGCGCCAGCCCAUGCUCCCCAAAACUCACCCACUGCCAAACGCCCAAAGAAGUGCCGGGCUACUUUGGCAGCCAACUUGUCCGCUGUUGCGACGGAGGUGAGCGCUGCCCUGUGGGCGCAGCCCCCCAGCUGGGCUGCCACCCUGGGCGUGAACGCGGCCGUCUUCUCGCUGGGCUAUCCUGUGCUGCGCUCCGGCCUCUCCGCCAGCGGCAUGGCCAGCUCCUUCCUGCUGGGGGUGGCCGCCUGGAAGGGCUUUGGGCCCCCCGGGUACACCCUGGUGUGCCUCUACUUCCUGCUGGGCACUGCCGUGACCAAGUUGCGGCUGCAGCAGAAGCAAGCGGAGGGCAUUGCGGAGCAGCGCAGCGGGCGGCGGGGCCCAGGCAGCGUGGUGGGGUCCGCGGCGGCGGCGGUGGCGUGCGCUGCGGGGGCCACGCUCGGGGUGGGGGGCGCUGCGGCGGUGCCGCUGUGGCAGCUGGGCUACGUGGCCAGCUUCUGCACCAAGCUGAGCGACACGACCGCCAGCGAGGUCGGCAAGGCCUACGGCAAAACCACGUACCUGAUCACCAGCCUGGCUCUGGUGCCGCGGGGCACGGAGGGGGCGGUCAGUGCGGAGGGCACGCUGGCCGGCCUGGCGGCAGCAGUGGCGCUGGCGGGGGUGGCCGUGCUAGCGGGGAUGGUGGACGGCACGGGGGCAGUGGUAGCGGUCGUUGCAUCGCAGGUGGCCAACGUGUUCGAGAGCUGGCUGGGCGCCACCAGCCAGGGCAAGGCGGGGCGGGAAUGGCUGUCCAACGACCUGGUGAACGUGCUCAACAUCAGCGUCGGCACCACGGUGGCCAUCCUACUGCGAGUCGCACUCCUAGGCCGCAACUAGCGGCCCACCCGGGUGGGCUGUCACGGUUGCCAGGGUUGAGAAAGUCCAUUGCUGGAGGAUCUUUAGAGUGUAAUUGUAAAGAGGACACGUGCAUUUGGACGCAGACAGAGAUCAGAUUGACAUUAAGUCAAGACAAACUUCCAGAAACCGUCACCAAAACCCACAUGCUGAGAAUUGGAUCUGACUGGUAGUUUACCAGCAGCAUUGGUUUAUUGCAUUAAUUGGUCAUAGAUCGAGAGAACCUCUAAGAGCUUGGGGCACCUCAAAACUUUCCACCAAGAAUGAGUACUGAUCGUCAUUGUGGCACGUUCGUGCGACUAUGUUUGGCCCGGGCCACUAUGAACCUGC